AUGGACAACCACCAAGGCUAUAGCAUUUUUAGUUCCACGCCAUCACAGACGCAAGAGUUGAUCAUGGAGGUGGCUUUCGCUUCUGACAAGCGCGCAGGACUCCAAGAACUCCGUUCGCGAGACUCGAAAGAUGCAGAAACAUCGAAACUGCAGACUCCGCUCGCCUUGCGCUGUCGACACUAA